AUGGGCUGUUGUUUGUCAUGCAAAUCCUCUACAGAAUUCAACAACAUUCGUGUAGUUCACCUGAAUGGUUAUGUUCAAGAAUUUCAAAAUCCCGUUUCAGUUAGCCAAGUGACUACGGGCCAAUCACCCUCAAAGAAUCUUGUCUUCACUGCUGCUCAGCUUCUUUCUACAGAGUCCAAACCAUUAAAGCCUGAUGCUCAGCUUGAAACAGGCCAACUCUACUUCUUGCUUCCGUACUCAAUAUUACAGCCUGAUGUUUCUCCUGUGGACUUUCUUGCUUUAGUGAAGAGGCUCUCUUCAAUAGCAAAAUCUAGCAAGUGUUGCCAGACUCAGGAUAAUUCUUCAGGAACUACUUCCUUGUCGGGCCAGAGUAAUCCAUUGUGUAGAUCAUCGGGUAGAAGGUCAUGGAAGCCGGUUUUGGAUACCAUCAGAGAGAAGUCUUUCAACCGGAGGACUGAAUCAGACCUACGGGAAAUGGAUUUCGAGACCCCAAAUAGUAGCUUGAGGUAUACUGUAUUCUUGUAG